AUGCCGGAAUUUUAUCGAGGAUACCGAUUGGUUCCGAAACCGAUUGAUUCGGGUGGAUUGGAAGAAGGUGAAGGAGAAGCAGAAGGAAGAAGGUGGAGCAAGGAAGAAGGUGGGUCUGUUGUAGGUGCAGAGGUGGGUUGGGACAAAGAGAUGUGGGUUGGAGAAAGGAAGAAGCUCCACCAUGUCCACGCGCACGACACCACCACCCCUGCCGUCUCCGUCAAACCGUACCCAUGGCUCACCACGAAUCCCAGCGACUCAAUCCGAGACAGAACCGCCACGGGCAGCGGAGCUCCGGAGGUCAUGAUCUGCUUUCGGCUCGGCUUGGACAAUUUGCAUAAUAGACUAAUCAUCGAUACUAAUAAACUGGUCGAUACAGUGGAUCGGAAACAUGGGAAGAGGCCACUUCCUUCGAAUGAAUCGGAGAAGAAAGAGGAGGAGGUGGAGUAUCAUCGAAAUAUCUUCCCGGUUUACUCAAGUAGAUCUCAACAAGAUAAUUCUGCCAUGGUAUCAGCUCUAUCUCAGGUGAUUGCAAACGCUCAUGAACAAAACCCGCUUCAACUUGAUCAUCAAGUUCAUGAUAUCCCACUAAUAAUUUCAGCAGAUAAUCAUGUUGAGCAAUCUAAACCUGCAGUAGUUUUUCAAGCUCAAGGGAAUAUGAGACAACACUAUAGGGGAGUGAGGCGGAGGCCAUGGGGGAAGUGGGCAGCCGAGAUUCGUGAUCCGCAGAAGGCAGCUCGAGUGUGGCUCGGGACUUUCGAAUCAGCAGAGGCUGCAGCACUUGCUUACGAUGAAGCAGCUCUCAGGUUCAAAGGAAGCAAGGCUAAGCUUAACUUCCCCGAAAGAGUUCAAGGGAUCAGCCCUAGUACUUCUAGUGGUCGCUACCUUGCAAUAAGUAGUAUCGAUCAUGAUCAGCGAGUAGACAAUUCAGCUCCUCCAGCUGCGCCGAUUUCUCAACUAACAACCUAUAGUAUUCCAAAUGAUAUUAAUUUUGAUUAUGAUGCACAACAUCUUGGGAGUAGUACUGCAAGUAACAGAAAUGUUGAUUUUGGUGUAUCAUCAUCUCAAAACUACGGACAAGAUAGAAUUAUGCCGGAGAUUAAUGUACCAACGACUUCUUCUUCUACAUCCUCGGGCUCUUCCAUGCCAUCUCAUCAUCAAGAAGUACGACUACAGCAGCAAGAAGAUCAGCAGCAACUCUUAAGGCUUCCGAUGAUGCCCUUUGGCGGUUCAUCUUCGAGCUCAUCAGAUCCUCCUGCUAAGUACAGGAGAGACUCCUCUGGGAGGGGUGACUAUAGAAGAUGAUAGUGAAUAUGCACCAUGAUACUAUAUAAGGAUCAAGGAUUGUAAAACUAUAUCAUAAAUGAGUACGAGUAUCUGUUUCUUUA